CAGCAGUGCAUGAGAGAACCGUGGGAAUUUUCUCAAACUUGAAGGGGGGAAACGUGUCUGCAGCUGUUGGAGCUUAUCAGCCGCGAAGGAGCAGUAGAAGCAUUUCAUUCAGAACAUGACUAAUCCACUGGAGAAGGUUGUUGCCCAGAAGAAGGAGGCCAUUGAGGCAGUGAUGGAUAUGUUUCAGAGGGGGGCCGAGGUGCUGGCCAGUGCUGUGGGUGAGCUCUUUCCUCUUUGCGAGGCUGCUGCUCCUGUCCUGCGUCUGGCCUUAGAUAAUGUUCAGAGCAAAGAGGUCUUCUAUGUCAAAGAACAGUUCCUGACAGUAAAGAACAAACUCGAUGUGCUCUCGAGUCAGCUGGAAGACAUAGACUGUGAGCUCAAGAAGGGAAGACUGGACUCCCAGUAUUUCUUUGUUGAGGAGAACAUUCGGAACCAGUUUAGGAAGUAUAUGGAUAUACUGGAAGCAAAAGAGCAGUUUAGGGAGGUGAAAAAGAGACUUUUUUUGGAGCACUUUGCCAAAACUAGAGGAGAGAAGAACCUGCUUGUGCUCUGUGAUGCUCUCAUGGGGACUAACUGCUUUGGAGAGCCCAUUUUAGAUGUGGUAGAAAGGUAUGUGGCACGGAACCGCCGCCUUCUGGAAGAUUUCUGUGUUCGGAUGAAGGAGCUUCUCUGCUUGGGUCUGAUUGCUCUUCUGGGUCACUGUGCCUUAACACAGGGCCAAGAAGAAGAGCAGGAAAAAAUCCAAGAGUGGAGCAGCAAAAUUGAAGAAGUUGAAUCCAGGAUGAAGUCAGCCAUUGAGUCUUGCAUUGCUGCUUUCCCAGAACAAGCAAAAUUAGACACCGAACGCCUCCUGAAGGAAAACCAUGAAGAGAAUCUUCAGGAUUCAACUCAGCAGCUUUUAGAGUUCUUGGUGAAAAAGUACGACUGGGUCAGCUGGUCAGUGCGGCUGAUCAACCAUUCAAGCAGCACCUAUCGAAACUGGCGAGCAGGGGAGCAUUUUCACCAUGUGGCAGGGCAGAACUGGUUCGAGGUGCUCCAGGUGAACAACAUCAACCUGGUGGUGUCCUACAGCACCAAACCGCAGCCUGUGCCCCACGACUGUAUCAGGCAGGUGAUGGAGGGUCAGGGGAAGAAGGGAAAUGCCCCAGCUGUGGUGGAGGUGUUGGAGAAGCAGCUGUGCGGGUUUGUUGUUCAUGCAGUCAGUCGUCACAAGGAGUCCGCGGCUGCGUGGAGCUUUCCGGAAGACUGUCAUUACUGGGAGAGGCACAAGAAUGUGGCUGUGUGUGUGCACUCGGAGUAAAGCUGCUAGAUAAUCCAGGUUUUAAGAUUUUAAGGCAGAAAGGUUUAUCCGAAUGAAGACACUUAACAUUUUUGUUGCUGAAGGAAAAAUUGAUGAUACUCGGCAUUGAUCGUCAGAUAAUUUAUAUUAACACCGAUCACACAAACGAAGCAUUUUCAGGUAUUAAGCCCAGACCUAAUGCAUUAGUCGUGUGGGGAGAUUUACUCAUAUUCUUGCUGAUUAUUUCCAGUCGAUUUACACAUUAAAGAAUACGUUUAAGGGGUGAAUAGAUAAAAAAAUUAAGUUGAAAAUAUUACAAAACACUUUUGUUGGCAAAUAAUUAUGUUGCUUCUAUGCAAACUGAAAUGUAUAGCGUCUCUGACUGAAACUACAUUUAAUACAACAAUUCUUUUAGUUUCAGCUGUAGGGUUUGUUUGUAGUGACAGCGGACUGAAUCAAACUGACACUGUUGCACUUAUUUUUAACAUUCAUUUUGUGAAUGGAAGGUUUAAUAAAUGUGAAAGAUUUCAGAAUGCAGCUUAUGUUUUAAAAUCUUCCUUUUUAGUCUAGAGGUGUUUUUUUCUGAAUGAGUUAUGCCAUAGUUUUACAGUAAAGCCCUUUUGAGAACAGAAUUGAUUUGACACUCCUACAUUAGAGCUACACAUGACUGGAUCGGUGCUCUGCGUACGCCAUCACCCAAACCGACACGUUAGAAUCAAUAUUGGAAAACAUCCGAUCAAUGCAGCUCGUUCAGAAAACUUGGUUUCACGUUUUAAUGUUUUGUUAAAAUAUUGUAACCACAAAUGCACUUGCAGAGCUGCGCGAGCUCUUAGAUACUCUCGGAUAUUUUCUACAUAAACGUAGUUAUAGCUCUUUAAAAUCACUUGCAUAUUACAAACUGUAUUGCUACAUGUCUAUCCAUAAUGCUAACAGUUUACUUCAAAAGCAUUUUACCUCAGCUGCAUGCAGUAAUAACACCGUCUCCCUUGAGAAACGGCUUCUCUACCUACUUACAGCUUUCAGGAGAUGGUUUUGCUGAGGCUGCAUCUACAGCUCUCUGCUCCCUUUUUGUCCGUGCUCAGCAGGCUGGCCUACAUAACCCUGACAGGGAGCGGGGAGGUUACUUUUUCAGGCGUGAAAAACAAGAGGCUUGGAGGUUGGAAACACGACAAUGUGCCUUGUGUUCUAAACACAGUGAAAGCCCUCGAUGUCGAACCAGACGCGCACUGCUGACCAGUGCUCUGCCUAAAAAUAAUAACACGAGUUAACUGCUUCACAUAGGAUCUUUAUGUUUUAUGCAUCAUUUCACCUAUCUCAGUGCAAUUUACUUCACCUGUUAGGUAUUCUUCCUGACAUUAAAUAUUCAGUUGUUUUGUCUGAAAUUUAAAAAUCAACCAAAGAUUUUCCCAGGAAAUUUUUAUGAACUCAGUUUUUUAUUAAAUCCACAGCAUUUAGAUAAAAACUAUUGCUUGCUUAAACUGCAUCUGCUUUGUUACUCAUACCAAACCAUCUUAACAAAAUUAGUGGAUAAUGAAUGGCUAGCAUGUCUUUUUAUGCUUUAUGAUAAUUAAUGAGUAAAAACAAAAAGCAAAUGGAUGUGUAAACACGUGUAAUCUAAUAUCUGUCUCCUUUUUCUUGUAUAAAUGUGAUUUAUGUAGCACUGUCAGUGCCUGUGCCCAUUAAACCGAAGCAGUGCACCCUCAGCAACACAGACUCUGGCUAAUUUAAUUGAUAUUUACACAUAAGUCAGCAUUUCCUGACUGCAGCUCUGCUUUGAUAGACCAUGAAUAACCUUUGGCUGAGCUAAUAUCCUGCAGACGAGCAGCAAAGUGCUUGACUUAGCAGGAUGGUAUCAGUCAUAAUGCUCAGAGUAGGUGCAGCGCGGGUGGAGAUGCCCUUCAUGUCAUAUCUCAGUGGAUCUGCAGGGUCUUUAGCUGCUCGGCUUGUGUGUCGUAAAUCAAGCCUGUCAGAAUCCAUCAAGCGCUGUUCCUAAGACCCAGUGCAGUGCAGCAGGAAGUAGACUGUGUUCAAAGGAAAACAACUGAUAAUUCAGCUGAUCAAAUUGAUGUAUAUAAAAAAAGCUAAUUAAAAAAUUACGCAUAGAAAAGCCUAAUUAAAACUAUUUCAGAGACUGUUAGGGUGCAGACUGUGGGGGAGGAAACAUCAGACAAGAUCAGAACUAACAUAAAAUCAAAAAUAAGUCAAGUUUCUCCCCUCAACAAAAAAAUUAAAUAAAAAGUAAAAAAAAGUAAAAGUAAAGUAGAGACAGACGAGGACUCCAAUGUGACCUAUGUAAGAGGAUUCAAUUCUGUGAUGAGUGUUUUUCCCAACAUCAGGGCUUCAUGAAGUCAACAUGAAGAAACUUAAUCAUUUAUUAAGUUGAAUUGUAUAGAAAUUGAUAAUUAAUUGAUCAUAGUGUGCAAUGUGUGUUGCACUUCAGAUUUACUAUUUUUUUGUUAUUCUAAUAACAACAGCCACAUUCCUUAUUUUGUUCAUAUAAGAUAAGAUAAAACUUUAUAUCUCUAAGACCGGUAGAUGAGGUCUAGGCUGAAUGCUGUGAUCCUUUUCCACUGGUGGAAAUCCUGAUUGGAUGCAAGAGUAAAAGAGCUUGACCAGUCUUCUCCAAAGCUUUGAACAUUUCUCAAAUUAAUUAGUAAACCAGCACUUUAUUUGUCCUAAAACAAAAAAGUAAUCUGACACAUAAUCUAUCAUUACAUUUCUAAUUGGCAUUUUAGGAAAGAAGAUUAAGAGGUUUUAAUAAGCAGUUUAUUAAAGUUGAACAGUUUCCCUCAGUUUCCCCCUGUUUGAACCCUAAAUGCUACCCUAAAGAAAACCGUCUCGAGACUGUAGCUUCAUAUUUACCCUGCAGCAGUGGUAUGUGUAUUUCUGAACACUGGAAAGUGCCGCACUAGCAUUCAGUCUUUAACCUCCUAGAACCUGGCCUCCACAUAUGGGGACAUCACAUUUUGGAUUGUCUCGACCAUAAUACCAAAUUUUUCUCUUUCAAAUGAGCCAUAUUGCUGAAAGGGGCACAAUUGUUGUUUCUCAUUAAAGAGUUUUGCAUAUCUUUACUUAGUUGUGCCAAAUAACAAAGAGAAAUUAAAAAUGCAUGCCAUUAAAGAGUUCAGGUCUUAGGGGGUUAAGCUAAGAUGUUAAGCUUGGAAGUGGUAUCGACUUAAUUUUUAAACUUUAAGUAAAACAAACAAACAGAAAAAACAGGUUUUAGAUUGGGAUUGUUUCUUGUUGGGCACAUCUUGUACCUGUCACCGGUCUAAGAUCUGCAGUCGUCAUUUAAUAUGGAUGAGAACUCAACUAUAAAUAGCCUUAAACCACAAACGUCUUCACUCUAAAUCAAAAUGCUGGAGAACAAAAACAAAACAAAGGAAAACAUAUCACAGACUUCCCCGUGAUGCUAAACACUCCACCUGCUACCUCGCUGGCACAAAGCCUUUUUUGUCAUUACAAAUCCCAGACAGGUGACUAACUGUUUUACCACCUUUGAUCUGGCGCUGAAAAAACAGAAAAUGUGGAGCAGACGGGCGGAUGGGUGUGCCAGACAACAGUGCAGCCCUCAAACACUCACAGACACAGAACCAGUCUCUGUGUGCAGACCACUGAAACGACAACACACAAUAAAACAAACAACAAGCUUGCUAACGUUACACCUGUGCCUGCUGACAGUUAGGGGGUUAGGGUUAGACCGGUUUGUCUGUUGUUAUUGUGCUCAAUUUAAAUUUAAAAUAAUCCAGUCAUGUUAUAUUCCCUUUUUUGUUGUUUUCCUCUAUGGUGGCUGGAUUUGGAUGUUAAAAUUAACAUGACCACCAGCAGUAUUUAACAUUUCCUUGGUUUUCUCCCCUGUGGAGAAAUGGAAAGCAGAUGCAGCCGGCACUGUAAGGCAGUGGAUUCAUUAGUGGUUGUGUGGGCUUUGCCUGGGUAACAACUAUUGAUCCAAGAGGCUCUUCUCCUGCAUAAAAGGCUCUUGCUGUGGUAAACAGUCAAUCCUAGCUGUCAUUAUGUGGAAGACGGAAAGCAUCUGUUUACUGACCAGCUGGCAUCUUGCAGCAGUCAGACUUGUAGUGUUUGUGGUUGAAAGGAGGUUAACGCAAGAUUUUAAGAAUGAAAGAGUGAAACAUGGCAGGGAAAUGGUGGUACUAGCGGUGGUUUGCAGACAGAGGGCGCUAUCAGCAAACAGAUCUGAGGGUAACUGUUCCAAAAGCAGUCUGUUGCUGCCACGAUUUCAAAUAAAUUGCUUUUUCACCCAUUUGUCGUUGUCCAUUUACAGUUCAAAGUUUUUCUGUUUCAGUAUCUGGUGAACAUUUCAUUUCUCUCACCAUUUUAAACUGACUUUUACAAUUUGAGAUUAAAGUCGUCAUGGAUGAUGACCCAAAGCCCAGCCUUAACGCCAUGCUUUGGAAGCUUGUACUAAAUUAUGCAAGUCAGUUACAAUGAUUGCCCAGACUUUAGACCCCCCCCCCUUUUUUUUCGAAGAAAAACAACCAAACUACAUGUUCAGUUAGCAUCACAGAUGAUGACUUAUAGCAGGGCUCACAGGGUUAAGAGGAAACAUUUGCAGACAUUUCCCUUUUCUCUGCUGCUCCUACAGGCUGUGACUCAUAAAGGGACUUUUUAACAGCGGAAAGAUGACUUUAUAAAACAAAAAACCUUCAUGGCGAAAUUCCGGAAAUAAUAAUUCUAGAAACUUGAAAAUCAGUUUACAAACCUCCCUUAACAAAAACUCUUCCCAGCAUCCUCUAACACAGUCCUUUCCAUCAGGCUGACUUUCCUCAUCUCCAAGAGGAGAUACCAGCCAAUAUCAAUAUUUCAUAAACAAAUGAAAGACUGGAUGGAGGCUAACAUCAGGCUGUCCCUGGAGGAGACAGUCAAUCGAUGGAUGGUAGGAUAGCGCUGUGAGGCGGUGUCUGCCAAUCCUGUCCACG